CAAUAUUCCUUCUUACACAAAAUUAGAACUAUAAUUAAACAUAAGAAAUAUUUUAAAACAGAGAAAAUGAGAGAGGUUAAAAAGGCUAACGUGCGCCACCAGUGACUAUUUAUCUAAACGGCGCCAAAUAUUCUGAGUGUUGUCUUUUCACACAAUAAAACGUAAACAAAAACCCACUCCCACUUCCUUCUUUCCAAAAAAGAACACACACACACAUACCACUUUCUCUGUUCUCUCUCUUUCUUUUGCCGGCGAACAUGGAUAAAGGCUUCUCUCCCGUCGGUCUAAGAGUUCUUGUCGUCGACGACGACCCAACAUGGCUCAAGAUUCUUGAGAAAAUGCUCAAGAAGUGCUCUUACGAAGUCACUACAUGUGGGUUAGCUAGAGAAGCUCUGAGGUUGCUGAGGGAGCGUAAGGACGGGUUUGACAUCGUGAUCAGCGACGUCAACAUGCCUGACAUGGACGGCUUCAAGCUCCUUGAGCACGUUGGCCUUGAGUUAGACCUCCCUGUUAUAAUGAUGUCAGUGGACGGUGAGACGAAAAGAGUGAUGAAAGGUGUUCAGCACGGAGCGUGUGAUUACCUGUUAAAGCCGAUAAGGAUGAAGGAGUUGAAGAUCAUAUGGCAGCAUGUUCUGAGAAAGAAACUCCAAGAAGUGAGAGACAUCGAAGGAUGCUAUGAAGUUGGAGCUGAUUGGUUCACAAGAAACGAUGAGGCACACUAUCUUGGAGGAGGUGAAGAUGUUUCUUUUGGGAAGAAGAGGAAGGACUUUGAAUUUGAGAAGAAGCUUCUUCAGGAUGAGAGUGACCCAUCAUCUUCCUCCAAGAAAGCCAGAGUGGUUUGGUCUUUUGAGCUUCAUCAGAAGUUUGUUAACGCUGUUAACCAAAUCGGAUGCGAUCACAAAGCUGGUCCGAAGAAGAUAUUGGACCUCAUGAAUGUUCCAUGGCUCACUAGGGAAAACGUUGCAAGCCACCUCCAGAAGUACAGGCUUUACCUGAGCAGGUUGGAGAAAGGGAAGGAGCUAAAGUGUUAUUCUGGUGGAGUGAGGAAUAUGGAUUCACCUCCAAAAGAUGCUGAAUUCAGUUCAGGCCACCAAAGCCCUGGCAAGAGCAGCUACGUAUACUCUGGAGGCAGUUCUCUGGUCCACAAAGCAGAGACUGAUCCAAAGCAACUUGCUUCAUCUUCAGUGUCUGACCCCAGCAGUGAUGUUCAUAUGCCUCCAAAAGGGAAAAAGAAGCGUAUAGAAUUUGAACCUCCCAUUUCCUCAAGUGUGUUUGACUCUCUGCUUCCCUGGAGUGAUGUUCCAGACCCACUUGAAUCGAAGCCCCAGAUUCUGUUUGAGAGCAGCUUUCUCCAGCAACAACCAUUGUUACCAAGUCAAAGUCCCUAUGUUGUAGCUUCUGCACCAACUCUCAUGGAACAGGAAAUGAAGCCUUCUUAUGAGACUUGUGUGAAUGCGGAUGAGUUUCUCAUGCCACAAAACAAGAACUCUACUGUGAUCAAUCAAGAUGUGAGCUUGUCCACUCCCUCUGCCAUCUCCUGCAUGAAGCUGCAGGAGUCAAGCUCAAAUGUAAACAAUGAUACAGAGUCGAUUCUGAGAAGCUUGAACUGGGAGCUUCCAGAAUCACAUCAUUCUGGUUUUAUAGACACUGACUUAGACUUCAGUUGGCUUCACGGAGAGCAUCUUCUUGCAAACACCGGACUCCAAAACUUCCAGUUUCAAGAUUACAGUAGUAGCUCAUCUCUCCUAUCCGAGCUCCCACCUCACCUUUGGUUUGGAAAUGACCGUCUGCCCGAGCCUGACGAGUAUACCCUCAUGGUAGACCAUGGUUUAUUCAUAUCUUGAACUUGUUCCACUAACUUCUUUCCGUAUAUUGGUCGGUGUUAUGCAUAAAGAUUUUGUGGGUAUACCUGAAAAAUAAUCUUGCUUUACCAAGAACCUUCCAUGAUCGAAUGCAUGUACAAUAAUCUAUGAGUGUUAUAGGCUAAAUACACCACAAUGAUAAGACCACAUGUUUCAUACUGUC